CACAACACAAGCAUAUUCUUGUAACCUUGUUGAAAAGAGCGUUGGGUCACGCCACUGCACAUUCAACUUCUUCUUCUUCUUCUUCUUCUUCUUCGCUUUGUGUUCCUCUGUGUUGCGUGUAAGAGAAGCAGGUUUCGUUUCGAAGCAAAAAUGCAUUCCAAUCAUUUGCUUAUCGAGGAACCUAUUCGUAUGAUUUCCAUCCUCGAGCCAUCCAAGGCCAGUUUUUUUCCCGCAAUGACGAAGAUCGUCGGUACCCUGGGUCCUAAAUCUCGAUCGGUCGAGGUUAUUUCUGCUUGCCUCAAAGCUGGAAUGUCUGUGGCUCGUUUCGACUUCUCUUGGUGUAACCCUGAAUAUCACCAAGAGACUUUGAACAAUUUGAAGGAUGCUGUCAAGACUACUAAGAAGCUCUGUGCUGUUAUGAUGGAUACGGUGGGUGCAGAGAUGCAGGUUGUUAACAAAAGUGAGACAUCGAUCUCGCUUGAGGCUGAUGGUCAGGUUGUUCUGACUCCUGACCGGGGACAAGAAGCUUCUUCAGAGAUACUGCCUGUCAAUUUUGAUGGAUUGGCAAAGUCAAUGAAGGAGGGAGACACCAUUUUUAUUGGUCAAUACUUGUUCACAGGAAGUGAAACUACUUCUGUAUGGCUAGAGGUGUCUGAAGUUACAGGGGAUGAUGUCAUUUGUACCAUAAAGAAUUCGGCAACAUUGGCUGGGUCAUUGUUCACUUUGCAUGCCUCUCAAGUUCAUAUUGACUUGCCUACUCUCACUGAUAAAGACAAGGAGGUUAUAAGCACCUGGGGAGUAAAAAACAAGAUUGAUUUUCUAUCAUUGUCAUAUACUAGGCAUGCUGAAGAUGUCCGCCAGGCCCGUGAAUUCCUUUCUAAGUUGGGUGAUCUAAGGGAAACUCAAAUAUUUGCAAAGAUUGAAAAUGUUGAGGGAUUGACCCAUUUUGAUGAAAUUCUACAAGAAGCAGAUGGUAUUAUCCUUUCCCGUGGGAAUUUGGGCAUUGAUCUUCCCCCAGAGAAGGUAUUUUUCUUUCAAAAAUCUGCCCUCUACAAGUGUAAUAUGGCUGGGAAACCUGCUGUGCUUACACGCGUUGUGGAUACAAUGACUAACAACUUAAGACCAACUCGUGCAGAAGCCACUGAUGUUGCCAAUGCUGUUUUAGAUGGAAGUGAUGCAAUACUUCUAGGUGCUGAGACUUUACGUGGGUUAUACCCUGUGGAGACUAUUUCUACAGUUGGCAAAAUUUGUGCAGAAGCAGAGAAAGUUUUCAAUCAAGACCUUUAUUUUAAGAGAACUGUUAAAUAUGUUGGAGAACCCAUGACCCACUUGGAAUCUAUUGCAUCCUCAGCGGUGCGAGCAGCUAUUAAGGUGAAAGCUUCUGUUAUUAUUUGCUUCACUUCAUCUGGAAGGGCUGCAAGAUUGAUAGCAAAGUAUAGGCCAACGAUGCCGGUUAUCUCUGUUGUGAUCCCCCAUCUCAUGACAAAUCAGCUGAAAUGGAGCUUUAGUGGAGCUUUUGUGGACCAACUGCCAACUCAUUUGUGGGAAAGCCUAUUUACAGUUAAUGCUAGGCAAUCACUUAUCGUAAGAGGCCUCUUUCCCAUGCUCGCUGAUCCCCGACAUCCAGCCGAGUCAACAAGUGCCACAACUGAGUCUAUUCUAAAGGUUGCCCUUGAUCAUGGAAAAGCAUCAGGAGUUAUAAAGUCACGGGAUCGAGUAGUUGUUUGCCAGAAACUUGGUGAUGCAUCUGUGGUUAAGAUUAUCGAGCUUGAAGAUUAAAUGCAUUGGUCUAACUACAAUUUAGGCUUUUCUUUUUUGAUCUACUAGUUUUUGGCAGUAGCAGAUCAUUCUGCUUUCUUGUUGAGGUUAUCACAACCGGGUUUGGUGUCUAGUUAUAUUUUGUGACUGAGAAUGAAUUUUAGGCCAAUUAUUAUUACCGGUUGUCACUCAAAAAUCAGAGGGAAUAUUUUGGUUAAAACUUUACACGGACAAUUUGAAAGGAAUUUUAUUCGUUAUAUGUAGUCAAGCUAAUGAGACUAAUUGCUUGUGCCCUUGAUAGCCAAUUGUACGGUGUUAUUCUGUAUAAUCGGUAUAUUUCUAAUUAUGAUUAUGAACAA